AUCUAAGGCGUAGGUUAUAUACAAAAAUAACUAAUUACAACUUCAAAAAACAACAACAUUUCAUGGUUUUGUUCUGUUUAUCGUAGUCUGUCAAAUAUUAAGCAUAUAAUAGUAAAUUAUCAUCAGAAAAGAUGAGAUUAAACGUACUGUGUAUGCAAAGGUACAAGUACGGAGUGAGUGAAAUAACGAAGAGAUUGGGCAAUUUCUCUGACUCUUAUAUAAAGCGUACGGUGGAAGAGGUGGAAUGGAGCACACCGAAGGGUUACCCCCAGUACUUGCCCAAGAAGAUUGUUUAUAGGAAGACUCAUUUCAAAAUGGACCGUCCUUGGACCGCUGGGUUCCAAAAGGACAACGAACCGGGGCGGAGACACCCGAAAGUGUUUCUCGAGCCGAUGGGCAAUUGGUGUUUCUUCAAAGGCGACCGUGUCGAGAUCCUAGUAGGUCCGGACAAAGGUAAACAGGGCACGAUAUGUCAGGUGUUUCCUGAGAGGAACUGGGUGACUGUCGAAGGCCUGAACACAAAGUUAGAGGUGUUCGGCAAGACAAAUACUUUUCCCGGUUCUGUCAUCACCAUUGAACAACCUCUUCUUGUCAAACGGGAAGUCAAGCUUAUUGACCCGUCCGACUUGAAAGUUACGGAUAUCCAAUGGAGAUAUACCGAAGAAGGAGAGAAAGUGAGAGUGUCACCUCGAACUGGGAGAAUCAUCCCCAUUCCUGUCGAGGCCGCAGAGACCAGUGACUAUAAAACCAAAGCUACUUAUAAAGAGUCUCCCAAAGACACAGUCACUGCUGAGCUCUCCAAAGUCACAUUUUCUCCUACUUUAAAGACUUUUGAAAUGGAUAUUAUGGACUCCAUGGGUAUAAAAGAAGACAGAGAACCUAUCAAAACGUAUUGGUAUUAGUCAUAUAGUACUUAUCAUUAGUAAAAUGUUUACUUUUUAAAUAAAUCAAGUUAUUGUUUA